GCUGCCGGGAGCGUCCUAAGGGCGCUGAGUCUGGCAGAGCUGCUGAGAGGCUGUUUUUCUCGGGUUCUGGGCUCUGGUCCGACUCCCGCUCUCCCUUCUCCCCAUACUCCCGCUACUCUGCUUAGAGGCGGCUCCUGGCGACCCACAAGCUCCCUCUCGCCCCACACUCCGUCCCUUUCCCCAGCGGCUGACGGACCCCCGGAGUGCCGCAGCCAUGAGCAUCCGAGGGAUGCUGCGAGUCGCUGUGCUCCUGCUGCUCAUCAGAACCUGGCUCGCGGAGGGCAACGACCCCAGUCCCAGCCCGAAAUUCCACUUCGAGCUCCCUUCCACAGUACCUGAAGUCCUGAACGUCUUCAACUGCAAAAAUUGUGCAAAUGAAGCUGUGGUGCAGAAGAUUUUGGACAGGGUGCUGUCGAAAUAUGAUGUCCGUCUGAGGCCCAAUUUUGGAGGUGCCCCUGUGCCCGUGGGAGUAUCUAUCUAUGUCUCCAGUAUUGAACAGAUCUCAGAAAUGACUAUGGACUAUACUGUUACAAUGUUUUUCCAUCAGACCUGGAAGGAUCCACGUUUAGCAUACUAUGAGACCAAUCUGAACCUGACCCUGGACUAUCGGAUGUUUGAGAAGUUGUGGAUCCCUGACUGCUACUUUCUAAACAGCAAAGAUGCUUUUGUGCAUGAUGCGACUGUGGAAAAUCGCGUGUUUCAGCUUCACCCAGAUGGAACAGUGCGGUAUGGCAUGCGACUCACCACCACAGCAGCUUGUUCCAUGAAUCUGCAAAAAUUCCCUCUGGACAAGCAGACCUGCAAGCUGGAAGUGGAGAGCUAUGGCUAUACAGUGGAAGACAUUGUAUUAUACUGGGAAGAUAAUGAGAAUGCCAUCCAGGGGACUGAGAAUCUGCACAUCCCUCAGUUCAGCUUCCUGGGAAAGAUGAUGACUAGCAAAGAGGUGUUUUUCUACACAGGUUCCUACAUGCGCCUGAUACUGAGGUUCCUGGUCAAGAGGGAAAUCACCAGCUACCUUGUGCAGAUCUAUUGGCCUACCAUCCUCACCACUGUUGUCUCUUGGAUAUCAUUUUGGAUGAACUAUGAAUCCUCUGCAGCCAGGGUGACAGUCGGUCUGACUUCAAUGCUCGUCCUAAAUGCCAUUAACUCACAUCUGCGGGAUAAACUUCCCCAAGUUUCCUGUAUCAAAGCCAUCGACAUCUAUAUGGUGGUAUGCUUCUUCUUCGUGUUCCUGUCCUUGCUGGAAUAUGUCUACAUCAACUAUCUUUUCUACAGCCGAAGACUACCCCAGCUAUCUCAGAGGCAACUCAGAAGAGCUCUAAGUGCCUUGGCCCGCUACAGCUACCGGGAGACAAAGAGACCCCAGGAAGAGGUGACUCUGUCAAUGGAAGAGAGCAUCAAUCAUGUUACAAAUGCUGAUGAGGCAAGUCCCAUCCCUCCUUCCUCCCCAACAGUGAUUGUUCAUGCAGGGAAUGACUUCAUGAGUCUAUCUGCUAUCUCCUUGAAGAAUGACCAAGUUGACAUAGAAGAUGAGAAUGGUUCUCCUCCCUCCAUACCAGUGCAGUCCAGCCUAGCAAGCCUGGAAAGCCUCAGCUCUUUGGCCUCCAUGUCAAAGCAGGCACCGCUGGCCUCCUCAGAAAGCCUCAGCUCACUGUCUUCUCUCUCAGACCAGUCCUGGCUGGCCACUGGAGAAAGCAUGAGUGACCUCCCAUCCACCUCAGAGCAGGCCCUGCACAGCUAUGGCAUUCACUUUAAUGGUAUGGAGAAUGCUGACAGUAUUAUCCCCACUGAAAUCCGCAACCGUGCUGAGGCCCGUGCUGAGAUCUGUGACCCAGAAGACCCCAAAGAGAGCUCCAGCUCUGACGAAAGCCAUGGCUAUGGCCCCAGUAGGAGGCAUCUGCUUGUUCACGGCCAGAGGUGUGUGCAAGAAGCAAGCUAUGACCUUGAUGAGAUGCUUAGCACCCUUGAUGAGAUCUGUAGCACCCUUAGUGAGAUUCAUAGCUUGCCUGAGGACAUCAAAGUUGAGAGCGGGUACCUUGACCUUGAAAAGCAACUCAAACGUGAUAUUGAUAGUGCCUGGAGCCUUAAUGUUGAUGAUGCUAGCAGCUUUGAUCAAGACAAGGACAGUAACUUCUUUGAGUCUGAUGACAGUUGCCCCCCAAGCCCUAGGUGCUCCUUCAGUAAACAGUUCUCCUCCAAGCUCUUCAACCCUGACUAUGUCCCUGAGGUUGACAGGUGCUCCAGGGUCCUCUUCCCUGUUGCCUUUGUGGUGUUCAACAUUGCUUAUUGGGCAUACCAUAUCAAUUAGUUCCAUAAUGUCCCAGAGUGGCAGGGCCACUG